GUCAAGGUCGCCUUGUUGUAAACAAAGACACACGUGACAUGGCCGAUCAAUUGACAGACGUCAAAUUUGACGAAAUAAAUCUUUGGAAUAUCCAAUCUUUAAAAGACUUUUGUCGGAAAAAAGGAUUGAGAGUAAAUGGGAGCAAACAAGAAUUAGUAGCUCGUGUUUUUGCUGGAUUGGAGUUUGAUUUACCCGACAAAACCACGAAAGAUGAAGAACUUCGCCUCAAAGCCCGAUCCUACCAAUCCUUGUUGUAUGCAGGUGGAAUCAAACUCCCUGAUCCAUUUUCUGAACUUACGGUCGGUUGGAUAAAUGAAAAUAAUGGUAGAAAGUCUUGGCCACCGACGAUGUAUUGUGAUAUAUAUUAGGGGCAACCUGUAACCAUGUUGCGGCAGUUUUAUUUAAGAUGGAUUACUAUUGGAGGCAAGGAUUAACAAAUAAAGCGUGCACAGACACUAUUUGUUCUUGGAAUAAAUAUGGAUCACAUAAAACUGUGUUACAACCAGUACUAGCCAAAAAUCUUCAAUGGCGUAAACCUAAAUUUGGUAAACAAAAAACUGAGCAUUUAAACUUAUUGAAAUCAAUAGAAACUUCAGAUCCAUUUUCUUUUGAAGAGAUCAAAGAGGCUCUUUUGCCAGUUUGUCCUAAAGCUGUGGUUUUUCAAGGUCAAAAGGAUAUCUCACCAGAUGACAUUUUCCAUGUGGAUGUUAGUACAUCAGCCCCGCCUCCACUAUGCGAUAUGUUAUAUAUUUGUAAAUCACAGACAGAAAUAAAGUCUGUUUUAGAAAGUUUUAGUGAUGAAAAUGUUAAAUUGAUUGCAGAAAGUACAGUUGGUCAGUCAGAUAAUAACUUAUGGGCUUCUCAUCGAAAAUGUAGGAUUACCUCAUCUUUUGUUCAUGAUGUGUUUACUAGGAUCAAUUCCUUGAAAUCUGGGAAAAGGGGGGAAAACAUUACAUCAGUAUUGAUGAAAAUUCUGCAUUCAGAAUCUUUUGAUUACAAGAAAGUACCCCAAUUGAAAUAUGGUAUAGAAAUGGAGUCAGAGGCUAAAAUGUCUUAUACUAAGUUUAUGCUUUCUUCCGGACACAGCAAUUUUUGUGUUUUAAAUGUGGGACUUAUAGUUCUUCAAGACAAACCACAAUAUGGUGCUUCUCCAGAUGGCAUAGUGUCUUGCUCAUGUUGCCAAGAUGGUUUGGUUGAAAUUAAAUGUCCAAUGUCGAUAGCACAUACUUGUCCAUCGGAAUCAAAUCUGCCAUACUUGGUAAACAUAGGAGAAUUAUGCUCACUGAAGAAAACCCAUAAAUACUACUCUCAAAUCCAGUGGCAGAUGGGAAUCAGUCAUUUGCCAUGGUGUGAUUUCUUUGUGUACACUAGGCAUGGUCAUUUUCUGGAAAGAAUCCCAUUUGAUGAAAAGCAUUUUAAGAAUAUAAUUUGUAAUUGUGAUCAAUUUUACUCAGAAUUUGUUAUACCAACUAUUUUGAAUAAAUCGGGGGAUUAUAAUAUUGAUGUUCAGGUCGAUGUUCACAAUAUCUCUGAUGCCGAGUACGAUGUUCACAAUAUCUCUGAUGCCGAGUACGAUAUUCACAAUAUCUCUGAUGCCGAGUACGAUAAUUACAUGAAAAUUACUAAACCCAUUACUAAUCAAGUAAACCCACCAUGUAAGCGAAGAAAGACCAAACACUCCCCAUUGCCUAUAUAUUUGUGUGAAAUAUGCUUAAAUGUAAGUGUUUCAGAAGAUAGUAUUGAUAAUUCAGAUUGUAAUAGUGUUUUAUGUGACAAAUGUUUACUGUGGUACCAUUUCAAAUGUGUUGAUUACAUUGAUGGCAGUGAGGAUGAGUGGUUUUGCCCAAACUGUAAAUAAAUGUUAAAUUGGCAUUAAUUUUCAAGAUUAUCAGAUCUAACUCCCUUGACAAUCUAUAUGUUUGGGUAUUACAUAAAAAAUAAGAUAGCAAGUAAUAUGUUUUCAUAUUUUAAUCUUGAUAUUUGUACAUGUAAUAAUCAUAUAUAAAACAAUUUAUUAAUAGUACGUGUAAUAAUCAUAAAUAAAUAAUAUAUCAACAUAUCAAUUGUACUGUACAUGUAAUAAUCAUAAAUAAAACAACAUCAAUAGUACAUGUAUAUUCAUAAAUAAAAAAAUAUAUCAUUAUCAAUAAAUGAGUUACCUUUUAUCUCAAAUGAAAUAAAAAUUAAAUGGGGUUUAGUGUCCUAGUUUUCAGCACCAUACCUGGGCUAAUGAAAUUUGUUCAGAAUUCAGACUACUCUUUAUUUUCAUUUUUAAUGGUUGAGGGAUCU